AUGAAUGGAGACAAUAGUAAUAACGACCAUGGCGGUAACAAGAAACGCAAAAAGACCAAAUCGUGUCUGUUUUGCAGGAGGUCGCAUGUGAAUUGUGAUGGGAAGCGACCAUGUUCACGAUGUUUAAAGAGGGGCAUAUCGAACCUUUGCACUUCGGGGGCAACUGCUGAAAUGGGCCUUAAUAUGUCACCGCCUCAAGACAGUAUCAGGACGGGUGCUCCGGGCUCUUCCAUGUAUGAGACACCACCAAUUCCAAACUCGAUAAAUACUUAUAAUAAGAUGGUAUCCAGUGCCACAGGAACCACACCGGCAACGAAUCCCAACUUGUACUUACCUCAACAACCCAGUUUUAUCUCAGAGAAUGCCGGUUCCGAAUUCAAUUCACUUAAUGAGUUCUUGAACAUGCUGGAGGAUCCAUCAUUGCUGGAGAAUACGCCUGGGAUCACCCAAUUUCCGCAAGUACAACAGCAGCAGCAACAGCAGCAGCAACAACCGACACCACAGUCCAACCUUCCACCGGCACCACUGCCGCCACUUUCAACAAGAUCGUCGACAUCCUCAGAACCACAACCCACAUUAAAAGAACAAUUCUUCCUUACGGCGGCUGAUCCAUCCACGGAGAUGACCCCGGAGGAUCGUUUGAAGCUCGUGAUCAAUGCCAAAUUGGAAGCAGGUUUAUUGAAGCCAUACAACUAUGCCAAGGGGUAUGCUCGCUUGCAGAAAUACAUGGAUGAGAACAUGGAGCAGAGUUCCAAGCAACGGAUUUUGAAACCGUUAUCCACUAUCCGUCCUGCCUUUAGAACGAUUGCUCGAUCUUUGAAAGAUGUAGAUUUGAUCCUUGUGGAGGAGAAUUUCGAACGACUGUUGUUGUCGUAUGAUAGGGUGUUUACUUCGAUGAGUAUGCCUGCUUGCCUUUGGCGACGUACAGGGGAGAUAUAUAGAGCUAAUAAGGAGUUUGCUACGUUGGUGGAUUGUACUGUGGAUGAGUUACGUGAUGGGAAGCUGGCGAUUUAUGAGCUGAUGAGUGAGGAGAGUGCAGUUAAUUUUUGGGAGAAGUAUGGGUCUAUUGCAUUCGAUAAGGGUCAAAAGACAGUUUUGACUAGUUGUAAUUUACAGACUAGAGACGGUAGUCGGAAGAAGAAUUGUUGUUUCAGUUUUACGAUAAGAAGGGAUCGAUAUAAUAUCCCGAUAUGUAUUGUAGGUAAUUUCAUACCAAUAGUUUAA